ACCUUGCGGUCUGUUCCGCUAUUCUAGUCGGCAUGUUGAAUUAACUAUCACCUGAAAUCCAUCCAGUUGUUUAGUGUUAUCUGAGCCGGUGUGUUGACACAGUACUUCAAGGCCCUGUCUAAUAAUUGACUAUAAUGUGUUCCUCUAUAUCCAGACCGUGGCUUCCGAUCCGCCUUUUUCAAAAUAAACGUGUCAUCUGAACGAUCUGAACACACACAACACAAACAUACUCGCAUACAUAGUAUGCAUUUAUACAAAAACAUGGCCUUGAAUCUUAGCGUUACAGUAAAUAGAAUAUGAUCUGAGAAGUACCUCGUAAGACAUACGCACCUAAACCUAUGUGAUUUUUGCACUUUUAUUCUGAAAGGCAUAUGCCACAACCAGAAACAAUGUCUUUAUAUCACUGUGAUUCACUAGCACUUUCACCAGGGCAAAUUUGCAAUGCCGCCUUCAGGCACCACUCGUAAAUUUACGAUACUUUGCGAAGGCUGAGCGCGAACGUCUUUACUUGUUCUUAAAACAUUACCAUGACAAAGGCAAGUCCUUGCACCACAAAAAAAGAGUACUAAUAUGAGCAAAAUACUGGCCAAAAUGUAAUUUUAUGUACCACGGGAACCUUUCUGACAGUUUUUACCUUCUAUUUUUUAAAGUGUGAUGAAAGCCGGACUUUAAUCUGCGAACUGUUUUUUUCCCUCUUUACGUCCAUCCGAUUGGUCAAGAAAAAAAGCAAACCUCUGUACUCCUUGUCCCAUUGGUUGGGUGACCGCGUCAGUAUCCAUACAUUUUUAAAGCCCCGCCUCCGAGCAGAAAAGCUAGUGUGCGGCUUUCACUGACUGUGACACAGGAAUGCCCUUCCCUGGUGCCCUCGGGUAAUAAAUCUACAGUCAGCCAUUGGACGAGCGUGGAGCACAAGCUUCGGGAGUGGAUGACGAUAGGCGGUUCGUCAGCAAGCCCUGAGCUGGCUGAUCUCAGAGCAGAGACGACACCUUGUACAGGGGGAACGUGAAGGCGUUUACAUUUCUGAGAUGUCACUCAAACGAGCAGACGGGAUGUCCAUCGCCCAGGCUUUGGCCAUGACUGUAGCAGAGAUACCGGUGUUUCUGUAUUCCACAUUUGGGCAGUCCAUAUUUUCUCAGCUGAAGCUUUCCCCGAACUUGAAGAAGGUGCUGUUUGCCACAGCGCUGGGCAGUGUCGCCCUGGCUCUCACCGCUCAUCAGCUGAAAAGGCGGGGGAGGAAAAGGAAGCAGGUGACACAAGGGAAGGAGGGCCAGAAGACAGUGGGAAUACCUGAGGCGCUGAUGAAGACGGGAAGACCCUCAUCAUUUAAGAGAGGCCCGUUUACUGGCCGACAGAUGAUGAGUCCCAGCAAUCGGAGCAAUGACACCAUGAGUGGAAUUUCUUCCCUGGCCCCUAGUAAACACUCAAGUUCCUCACACAGCCUGGCAUCUAUACGGGUCCCAAACUCUCCAAAUCAGUCAGCCAAUCCAUCCACCCCCUGGGAGGCAGAACCUGUGGUAGAAGAGUCAGGGGCAAUAGAGGAUGUAAAUGCAGAGAAUCUCUAUAUAUUGGGGAUGGAGCUCUUUGAGGAAGCUCUACGGAAGUGGGAACAGGCCCUGAAUAUUCGCCAUCACACCCCCUCGACCUCCAGCAGCAACAACAGCCUCGCUCUGCAGGGGGCGAAGUGUGAGGACUUUCCAAUGGCUGAAACCCGUAAUAAAGUGUUUGCUGAGAAGUUGGAGACACUACUGCACAGGGCGUACCACCUACAAGAGGACUUUGGCAGCAGUAUCCCAACAGACAGCGUGCUGGCAGAUUUUGUCAGAGUUUGUGGUGUUCCUUUGGCAGAGAGUGAAGGAACUCUGAUCUUGCCUCAAGUGGAGAGUUUCCACAGACUGCGAGAUGAUGAUGAUGCGACCACUGUUACCUCUGACGAGUCCUUUUUCUCGGCUGCAGAGCUGUUCGAUGCCUUGUCUUUAGAAGACGUCUACCAGCCACAUAAACCAGCAGCUCUCUAUGAAGAAGCCUUGUCUCUGGUCCGGGAGGGCAAAGUGUGCUAUAGGUCUCUGAGGACUGAAUUACUUGAAUGUUUUGGUGACCAAGACUUCCUUGCCAAGCUUCAAUGUGUGAGACAAGCAUUCCAGGUCCUGCUGUUAGAUGAAACUCAUCGCACGUUUUUCAUGGAGACGGGGAAGCAAAUGAUUGUAGGGUUAAUGGUGAAGGCAAAUAAGAGUCCCAAAGCCUUCCUGGAGAGCUACGAAGACAUGCUGCUUUACACCAAGAGGGAAGAAACGUGGCCCGUCACAAAGAUGGAGCUUGAGGGUCGAGGGGUGGUGUGUAUGAACUUUUUCGACAUCGUUUUGGACUUCAUCCUGAUGGACUCCUUUGAAGACCUGGAGAACCCUCCGUCCUCUGUGGUGGCUGUGCUGAGGAACCGCUGGCUCUCCGACAGCUUUAAAGAGACGGCUCUGGCAACUGCUUGCUGGUCUGUCCUAAAAGCAAAAAGGCGUCUUCUUAUGGUUCCUGAUGGUUUUAUCUCCCACUUCUAUGCCAUAUCAGAACAUGUGAGCCCGGUUUUAGCUUUUGGGUUUUUGGGAUCCAGGCAGCACCUAAGUGAAGUGUGCACCAUUUUCAAGCAACAAAUCCUGCAGUACCUGAAGGACAUGUUUGACCAUGACAAGGUCCGCUUCACCUCGGCCCAGUGCCUGGCCGAGGACAUCCUGAACCUUUCCCACCGCCGGAGUGAGAUUUUACUGGGGUAUCUGGGAAUCAGCAACCUUCUGGAGCUCAACGGGGCCCUACCAAGAGACACAGAGGGCCCUUCAGGGCCCAACUAAGACUACUAGGGUCACUAAGGGCUUCCGACUUGUGAGGACUUGUCUCUGCCUUGUUUGGUGAUGUGGACAAUUCCUAAACACACCUGCAUAAAGCGCUCCCAACACUGGAAGACCAGGCCUUCUACACUAUUACUCCACAGGGAUCGAGUCUCUCUGAGAACCAGUGGUUGCAUUGUAACCUUCCAUUCAUCUGACUUGUGGAAUAUCAUAGUGUUCAUAAUUAUGUGAAAAUAAAUGUGCGUUUGUAUGUUUUAUAUUAAAGGAGAAAGGAUAUUUGCAAAAACCAUAAUAAUUCCUGGCAGGCUUGGCCAGCGGAAGACUUGGAGGAUUUAAAUUAAUUUGUCUCUUUAAUCUGAAGAAGUAUUUAUUUAAUCCAAUGUGGUUUAAUGGCGCAAGCUUAGAUGUCAAAUAUCCAAGAGACUGUGUGAAUUGCAAAAAGUUCUCAUGUAAAACUAGUAAAGUGUGUUAACAUGUUACUCAUAUUGAAGUUUAAUUAUCCCAAAGUGUUAUUCGGACCCACAGCUGUCUCCUCUUGGACAUGGCGCUGAUCCAGCUAAGAUGCUAAAGUUUUGUAAAGAUUGACAUUCUCAGUGAUCUGAUCAGAUUUUCUUCGGCAAUAGAUGACGUGAAUAUUAUUAAUUGUAAGUGCCACAGAGGGUCAGAAAGAACGGUGCACACAGUUAUCUAAUACCACCUUUGUGUUAUGAUUGUUUGGAAACACACGUUGAUAUUUUCCAUCUCGGGCCACGUUUUAAAAUUGACCCAACCUCUAAAUGAAACGGUGCCAUUCUACUCGUCUUAGUAAGGAUAUUGUUCUGUUUCAUGAAGAACCGGGCAUUGUACAGUCGGACUGUAACCUACAUAAGUGCACUGAUGAAGAUAGAGCAUAGAGAUGACGAAGAUGCCAAGUUAAACUAAGUCUGGUUACUCCACCACUGUGAAAGCAGAUGUGUGUAAUGCAGACUGUAGGUUGGUUGGUGAAGAAAACUAAAUUAUCUUCAUGAAAUGCAAUGAGAAGAUUAUUUAUUUGAGCGGCAGUAUGUGUGAUUAUCGUUGCCCGUGUGAUUGAGAAAAGAGAAGACGUUUCUGUCAAAUCAUUUUUGGGGUCUCUCACUAGCUUUAUCACACAAAUCAGCAGCUAUUUGUUUUUCAUAAUCAUACAAGUGUGUGUUUUGUGGUCUUGAUCAAUUCAAAAUCCUGCUCUCGUUGCAACAAAUCUCUGAAAUUCAGAAAUGUUACAUGUCGCAAUACAAUACUGCUCAGAGUCGGCACUGUGGGACUAUUUCUGUUUCUGUCUAGCAUUUACAUCCUUCUAUAAAUUAAGCUUUUACUGUACAAGAAGACGUUUUGUUUUGCAAAUGUGCAGCUUUGUGUUUUUAAGCAUUUUGCACUUUAUCAGAAAAGCAGAAAGAUAUACAGGAAUGUCCAACAACCCUUUUUGUAAAAGCCGUUUAUAAGAGUUUAUCUGUACAAAUAUAUUGAAUUAUUUAUUGCAUCGUAGAACUGACAUGCUAUGGAUAACAUAGAGCUGACAUGCUGUACACUAUGGAAACUAUCGUUCCUGGAAAAAUAUUUUAUGAAAAUUAUUUAUUCUGGUUUUGUUUUAGUCUCCAUGUUUGAAAUGUUCAAAUUCUCCAAUUUUAACUUUUCACUGCUUGUCCCGUCCAAUCCAUUCUCCCAAGUUUCAGCCCUGUUAAUGUAGACUAUCAAGUAUGACUCAUGCAGGUAAAUGCAACUAAGCAAAGAUGCUAAAGUUUAGUCUUGUGUUCGCGUGACGGUCUGCUUUUUCUCUGUCCUGAGAUGACCAGAGAUUAAUCCCUCUGCAUGUGAACAUUCUCUGAAAUGCAUCAAUCAGUGUAUCUUUGCAACUUUUAGAUCUAGGCUCUAAUCGUUAGUUUUGAAAAUCCAAGUUACAAAGAAGCUAACUCAUAACGACUUGAAUGUCAAAAUUCGGGAAUGAACUGAAAUACUUUGCAUAUAUUCUAUAGAUUAAAGAGUUUUAUGAGGAUUGCAGACGGCCAAAAUGUAGAAAGACAUAUUUUUUCACUGCUGUACGUUACAAGUGUCCUAUUCAUGCCUUUUGUCUUUUCUAUUGUUAAAUUAAAAUGCCAGCACAAACUGUAAAUUGAUUUUGAUUCUCCAUAUUAAAUGUUAUUUUUUUGUUAUUAAACUACGUUUAUUACGCCUUUUCCCAACUGA